AUGAUGUCAAGAUCUUAUACAAAUCUUUUAGAUUUAGCAUCUGGGAAUUUUCCAGUGAUGGGUCGGGAGAAGGAGCGCAAGCGUUUCCCUAGGGUAAUGACGGUCCCAGGUAAUAUUGUUGAGCUUGAUGAUGAGCAAGCGAAUAGUGUUACGUCCGAGAACCCAUCUUCAGUAGCUGGUGAUCGAAUGAUCAUUGUUGCAAACCUUCUGCCUCUGAAGGCAAAACGAAGGCCGGACAAUAAAGGUUGGAGUUUUAGUUGGAAUGAAGAUUCGUUGCUCCUACGUGUUAAGGAUGGCUUGCCGGAGGACAUGGAACUUCUUUAUGUUGGAUCAUUACCUGUUGAUGUUGAUCCUAUUGAACAGGAUGAUGUGGCCAGUUAUCUACUGGAGAAAUUUAAAUGUGUCCCUGCCUUCUUGCCGCCGAAUCUUUUAGCAAAAUAUUAUCAUGGCUUUUGCAAGAAGCAGCUGUGGCCACUUUUUCAUUACAUGUUGCCAUUUUCUGGUGAUCAUGGAGGUAGAUUUGAUAGGUCCAUGUGGGAAGCCUAUGUGUCUGCCAAUAAGAUGUUCUCGCAGAAAGUAAUUGAGGUGCUAAACCCGGAGGAAGAUUUCGUUUGGAUUCAUGACUAUCAUCUGAUGGUUUUGCCCACAUUUCUGAGGAGGCGUUUUGUUCGCCUGAGAAUGGGGUUUUUCCUCCACAGCCCAUUCCCUUCUUCUGAGAUUUACAGAUCACUUCCUGUCAGAGAAGAAAUUCUCAAAGCCUUGCUGAACUCUGACCUCAUUGGUUUCCACACCUUUGAUUAUGCACGACACUUCCUUUCCUGCUGCAGUCGGAUGUUGGGCUUGGAGUAUCAGUCGAAGAGGGGAUACAUUGGGCUGGAAUAUUAUGGAAGGACAGUGGGGAUAAAGAUUAUGCCUGUUGGGAUACAUAUAGGCCAUAUUGAGUCUGUGAUCAGGCAAGCAGAUAAAGAGCUGAAGGUCGAGGAGCUGAAGAGGCAGUUUGAAGGUAAAACGGUGUUGCUUGGAGUUGAUGAUAUGGACAUAUUCAAAGGCAUAAACUUGAAACUCUUGGCUUUUGAGAACAUGCUCAGGCAGCAUCCGAAUUGGCAGGGAAGGGCUGUGCUGGUGCAAAUUGCUAAUCCUGCUAGAGGUAAAGGGAUAGAAUUGGAGGCAAUAGAGGCUGAAAUAGAGGAGACAUGCAAGAAAAUAAAUAAGGAACUUGGGCGACCUGGGUAUGAACCUAUAGUAUUUAUCCAUCGUCCUAUAUCAAUCAGUGAGCGAAUGGCUUAUUACACGAUUGCUGAAUGUGUUGUGGUGACCGCAGUGAGGGAUGGGAUGAACCUGACUCCUUAUGAAUACAUCAUAUGCAGACAAGGCGUAUCUGGUGUGGAGACAGGGUCAGAUUUGGUUGGCCCCAAGAAGAGCAUGCUAGUUGUGUCUGAAUUCAUCGGGUGCUCUCCUUCCCUGAGUGGUGCAAUUCGGGUUAACCCUUGGAAUGUGGAAUCAACUGCUGAGGCCAUGAAUGAGUCGAUAUCGAUGGCCGAGUCAGAGAAGGAGCUGCGGCAUGAGAAGCACUACCGUUAUGUGAGCACGCAUGAUGUAGCCUUUUGGUCUAGAAGCUUCCUGCAGGAUAUGGAGAGAACUUGUGCUGAUCAUUUUAGGAAAAGAUGUUGGGGCAUUGGUCUGGGCUUUGGGUUUCGAGUGGUGGCACUUGAUCCUAAUUUUAGAAAGCUCUCCAUAGAUGAUAUUGUUUCUGCUUACUGUAGGUCCAAGAGCAGGGCUAUACUAUUGGAUUACGAUGGCACCUUGAUGCCUCAAAAUCAAAUUGUUAAGACCCCAAGCCCCCAAGUUCUUUCUCUCUUGAACAGUCUAUGCGGGGAUCCGAAGAAUAUAGUUUUUAUGGUGAGUGGAAGGGGGAGGGAUUGCUUAAACAGGUGGUUUCAUCCUUGUAAGAAGCUGGGACUUGCUGCUGAACAUGGUUACUUCAUAAGGUGGCCACAGCAUGAAGAAUGGGAAACAUAUGGGCAGAGUUCCGAAUUUGGUUGGAUGCAAAUGGCAGAACCUGUCAUGAAAUCAUACACUGAGGCUACUGAUGGUUCAGGAAUUGAGAGGAAGGAAAGUUCCUUAGUCUGGCAUUAUAACGAUGCGGACCCAGGGUUCGGUUUUUCUCAGGCAAAGGAAAUGUUGGAUCAUUUGGAGAGUGUUUUAGCAAAUGAGCCUGUUGCUGUAAAGAGUGGGCAGUUUAUUGUAGAGGUCAAGCCUCAGGGUGUUAGCAAAGGCAUAGUUGCAGAAAAGGUUUUUACAUCAAUGACAGAGAAGGGAAAACAGGCUGAUUUUGUUCUCUGCAUAGGUGAUGAUCGAUCGGAUGAGGAUAUGUUUGAGCUGAUUGGUAGUGCAGUGUCUAGGCACAUCCUUUCGUACAACACUGAAGUAUUUGGGUGCACGGUGGGGCAAAAACCGAGCAAAGCUAAGUACUAUCUGGAUGAUUCGUCCGAAGUUGUAGCAAUGCUCGAGUCUCUUGCCGAAGCUACUGAUUCCCCAGCCACUUCAGAUGAGGAGGAAGCUGGUGCUGCCUCUCCAAGGAAAAUCGGUCAUGCUCACAACAAACACUACAAACCCAGCCACCUGUCGGACGCAUACCACUUUGGACAUCCGGACAACACAAAUUGCAGUCGUUGGAUUCCAACCGCCACCGUCGAUCCCAUCGCCACUUCCAUAACCUGCAACUGCCACCCUCAACCAGUUCUCCAUCGUUUGCCUCCAGAUCCUUCAUCAAAUGCCUUGCACGACGACACAACGUCUCCAAUCGCCUUAUGCGAAUCGACCGGGAUUCUGUCGUUGCGCGCUUCCAAGUCCCGGCAUACUCGAGCAGGCCGUGAGACCUUGCGUGGGAUGACUCUAGCGACACUGUUCUACCGCUCCAAUUCCACAAACACGAUCGAGCUGCGGAUUCUAUCACCUCCGAUAAAGAAAGAGUCGAUUCAGGCUGGAGAUGGUGGCGUUGUGUGUUAG